AUGGCUAUCUUCGAUUCCGACAAGCGCCCUCGCGGCCUACGCGUCCCGUCCCUAACGGCGAUGAAAAACGGCAGCGUGGCCGCCAAAUCGCAAUUCUCCUUCUCCUCCAAGAAGUCAAACGAGGUGAAAACUCCCGAGGAAGAGCCCUCGGUGGUUCCUGUGGCCGUACCUGCCCUGCCACCGCAAAAAGCCCCGCCAACAAAGGAGCUACCGCCCCCGCCGAAAGACCAGGUCCCUCCUCCCCCGCGGAUGUUGACGAAAGUCCCACCACGGCGCAAAGUUGCCAAUGCGACGGAUGGAAUUACUUCCCCAGUUGCACAGACACCGGUGACUGCACCUGCACCCGUACCAGCACCUGUCCAGGCGCAGGCACAACUACCAUCUCCGCCAUUGCAAGCAACGCCGCAAGCGGCUUCCCCCCAAACACAAGUCUACGCUCCGGCACCACAGCCAGCUGCCCCGCAACCGGUCAGACCAGCAGAACAAUCAGUGGUGGUGAACAAGGCACAAAACUACGUUUCGGACCCAACAGUACCUCCAGUCACCCUAUCUCCUCCACCGAGCGACGAGAACGAGGCGUUAACCCCACUCGAAGACUUCAUCCCCACCCCCGAGGGCCCCGGGACUCCUCUAGACAAUCUAUCCACCGAAGAACUGUCAAUGCCCCCCAUGCCGGAUAUCGAGCCCGUCGCGGCACCCUUGAACAAGAUUCACUUCGCCUGCUUCCAAGAGCAUCGGAAUAUGCCCGUGGCGCAGAACGUGUGGUGUCCACUUCCCUGCCAGACAUGCCACAAGUUCAACCGGGAGAUCCGGCAUCGUUGUGUGUUCUGCUGCUUGCGCGUCUGCGAGGGAUGCUACCAGGCGUUGCAGAAAUGCAGGAAUCGUUCGUUGAGCGAGUUGAUGCAGAAGCUCUGA